AUGGAGGAAACAGAAAACAUGGACGUAGACUUGAAAGAUUCCAUGGAGGUAGACUUGAAAGAUUCCGAUUCUGAAUCAUCAGCUUCGUCGGACGACGAAGAGUCAAAAACAGAGUUGCAAAAUUUAGAAUCAAAGCUGGCAGAGAAUCCUUAUGAUUACUCUAGCCACAUCUCCUUAAUAGGAAAGCUUCAAAGCUUAGGUGAGCUGGAUGAGCUGAGAAAAGCAAGAGAAGAGAUGAGCAAGAUCUAUCCCUUGUCUCCAGAUUUGUGGUUAUCCUGGCUAAGAGAUGAAAUGAGAAUAGCUAUAAGCGCUGAGGAAAAGAAAGCAGUGAAGGAAUUAUUCGAGCGCGCUGUUGAAGACUACCUCUCUCCAGAAGUCUGGCUGGAGUAUGUCCAGUUUGCGAUUGGAGUUUCCAGCUCUGAAGAAGUCAGAGAGCUAUUUGAAAGAGCGUUGACCGCUACUGGACUCCACGUGACCUUCGGAGCUGUUAUUUGGGAAGCUUUUCGGGAAUAUGAAAGAAUCCUGAGCUCCUCGAUGGAAGGAACUGCUAAAGAAGAGCAGGUUAAUAGGGUUGGUGCUCUCUUUCGAAGACAGCUGGCCUGUCCGCUCCAGGAUAUGGACAAGACUUUUGAGGAAUAUCAGCAAUGGCGACUAGGUGAAGGCAAGGAGGCUAAUAUCAGUGAUGAGGUCGUUAAAGGAGGGUAUCAGAGGGCGGUUAAGGAUCUAGAGGAUCGCAGAGGGUAUGAAGACAAGCUUCUUUCCUGCCAGGCUGAUGAUGAGCGGUUUGAUACUUAUAAGAUGUACUUGGAGUAUGAAAAGCUUCAUGGAGAUCCUGGAAGGGUUUCCGUGCUUUUUGAGAGGGCCAUUACUGAGCUUAGUCUUGAAGCUAGGCUUUGGGAAGAUUAUAUUAAGUACUCAGUCUCAACAAUAAAAAUAGAGCCCAUCAUAGAACGAAUUUACCACCGAGCAACACGAAACGUGCCUUGGUGCGCGAACAUAUGGCGCCAAUGGAUGAGAUCUCUAGAAAAAUGGAACAAGCCUUUGAUGGAGAUCCAAACAAAAUUAGAGCAAGCUCUAACCGCUGGAUUUUCAACAGCAGAAGACUACAGGUCGCUCUGGAUGACCUUCCUGGAAUACUUACGCCGCCGUCUUGACACAGACAACAGAGCCGAAGAGGAAAAAGCGCUGGAGACCAUCAGAGCUGCGUUCAAUCGUGCAGCAGAGCACCUCGCUAAAUUAUUUGGACUUGCUGGAGACCCCCAGUGUACAAUUCUCCAGUUCUGGGCCCGUACUGAGGCCAUUCAUGGCAAAAAGAUGGACAAGGCCAGACAACUUUGGGCUGAUAUUAUGUCCCAAGGACACUCUGAGACCGCUGGAAUGUGGCUGGAGUACGUAGCUCUGGAGAAAUGCUGUGGCGAUACUAAACCUCUUAGGAAAUUAUUCACAAAAGCUCUUGCCGCGGUUAAAGAUUGGCCGGAGACGAUUUGUAAUGCCUGGCUUGAUUUUGAGCGGGAUGAAGGUACUCUGGAGCAAGUUGAGUUCUGCGAGGCUAAAAUUAAGGAAAAGAUGGAGAAAGUUUUGGAACAAAGGGCGAAAAUUACAGAGAAAGUUGAAGAGGACAAAAGUCCAAAGAUUCAAAAGCCGGUAAAGAGGAAGCUUCCAGAGGGAAAAUGGAAGAACCUAGACGCCAAAAUCGCUAAAAAAGAAGAAAAACCUGAAGUUCAUUCUGAAAAACACGACAAGGAAGAUGUUGAUCCUCAGAUCACAGUCUUCGUCAGCAAUCUAGACUAUGAGUCAACUGAGCAAGAUAUUCGCGACGCUCUAGUUUCUGUUGGGACUAUCACCAAGCUCAAGUUGGUGAAAGACUUUCGCGGAAGAAAUAAAGGAUUCGCUUAUGUCCAGCUCAGUGAUACGAAAGCAGUUAGCGAUGCGUUGAAACUAGACCGUACGCCUAUCAAAGGUCGACCUAUGUUUAUUUCUAGAUGCGAUCCUGAUAAAACUACUCGUGAUGUGCGCCUAGUAACUUACCGCAACGGUCACUCAAAAGGACUAGCAUAUGUGGACUACAAGGACGAAGGAAGCGCCUCAAAAGCGCUGCUAGCCACAGACGGAAUGAAGAUAGAGGACAAGGAAAUUUCCGUGGCUUACAGCCAGCCUCCGGAGCGCAAAAAGCCGGAGUCAAGUUCCGAAAUUCCGAGUCUCCUUGGUCAGAUAAAAUCCCUAGGAGGCUCCAGCGUCGCUCGGAGUAACCCCGGCCGGCAGAAGACCAUGCUCUCCAUGGUCCCCCGCAGUGUUGUCGCUCCGAGCAACGGUGUUAAGGAUAAAAAGCCGAAGAGCAACGCUGAAUUUAGAAACAUGUUUUUGAAUAAAUAA